UCUCGAGCACGUCAGCUUUAUGUUGCCGGCUUCUGUGCCCUCAAGGAUAUCGCUUCUGCGGAGCCACGUGAUCUGACUACGCGUUUAGCCCCCUACUUGUCACGUCGACAAGCGAAUGAGCUUAUUCAAGCUGCACGGAUGCUGAUUUCCGAACGCGCUGAUGCGUUACGUUCAGAAGCCACUGAGCUACUGGCUGGUGUCCAUCCCAGAAGCACUAUGUCACAACUGGCAGAAGACCUUCAGUUUCGACAAUCAUCCAGGUCCAACCCGACCGUGAGCAUGCAUCCGACGAACAGUGACGGAAUGUCCUCUCCAAACUCUACUCCAAUUGAAGAUGAAGAUCUGUUUGCGUGA